AUGCUUACUGUUCAUCAUGUUUAUUUAAUUGUAGUUGGCUAUCACACAACGGCAACUCCCUCAUCUACAUCAUCAUCAGCUUCAUCAACAAAUGCUGGUGGUGGUAAUGGUUCGAGACUUAAACAUGAGUAUGAAAAUGGAUCAGGACGUGGAAAUACCGCGAAUGAUACUAGUUCAAAUACAGGUCAACAACAGCAGUCAUCUUCUUGGUCAUCUUUGGUUAAAUCUGAAUCACCACAUGGGUUGAGAGAUCCUUAUUCAACAUUUGCGAGUCAAUCAUUUUUUCCUCAUAAUGCACAUCGAUUCGGUAAUGGAGCAGCUGGUACAGGUCAAAUACAAUUAUGGCAAUUUUUACUUGAACUUUUAGCUGAUGCAAGUGCAAAUUCAAAUGUUAUUGCAUGGGAAGGUUCUAAUGGUGAAUUUAAAUUGAUUGAUCCAGAUGAAGUUGCACGUCGUUGGGGUGAACGUAAAUCUAAACCAAAUAUGAAUUAUGAUAAAUUAUCUCGUGCAUUACGUUAUUAUUAUGAUAAAAAUAUAAUGACAAAAGUUCAUGGUAAACGUUAUGCAUAUAAAUUUGAUUUUAAUGGUUUACAUCAAUUAAAUCAACCACAAUUAUCCGAAUCACCAUAUACUAAAUAUCAACAAGAAAUGAUGCGUUCAUCACAUGCACAUGCUGCUUAUUUUAAAUGGAGUGCCUUAAGUUCAGCAGCAGCAACAACAUCAGCUGUUCAUAUGCCACAUCAUCAUCAUCCAACAACAGCGGCUGCUGCUGCAUCAACAGCUUAUACAAAUUAUUGGAAUCAUCCAAGUACAUAUGACUAUACAGCUAAUUUUCCUACGCCUAAUCCAUAUCUUUCAUCAUCUUAUUGGGUUAGUCCAACAGCAAGUACAACAUCAACUGGAACAGGGGGACUAUCAGCUACAAGCACAGCAUCUACCGCUAUCUCACCAUCAUUACCUUAUUAA